UCGUCUCAUCCGAAGGACUAGACAGCUGUUCUUGUCAGGCCCUCCGUCCUGCAUCACCGACAAGGGGGAACCACGCCGGAAAAUCUGGAUGAACUUUCUCGGCCAAUGCAGGGAUCAAACACCCGACCUCCAGGCUAGCGAGCCAGCGCCUUACCCACUUAGCCACGUGGCAGGAGGCAGAAUGAAAGUCACAAAAAGGUUUGUACUAGCAACUGUGAUCAUGACAUGGAUGUGGAUACUGAUGUCGUAUCUUAUCGGAAAUAAUGAAUCAGAGGAAGUUAUACAGACGCGGGAAUUAUACAACACACUUUCGAAAAGUCUAGAAUUUCACGGCUAUUAUGGAAAUCCUAUACUGAUGAAAAAUAGUUCAUAUUUUCAAGGUCGGACAACAAAAAUAACUCCCUUAGAUUUCAAAUUUUUAAUUAAAAGUAACGUUUGUGCAAAAGAUAAAAAUCCUUUAUUAUUAAUAUUCAUUUUAUCGUUACCGGAACAUUUUCUACAAAGGGAAGCUAUUCGUCAAACUUAUGGCCGUGUUGUCAGAAGGGAGCCCUGGCCAGGUCAAACCAUUUUUGGAAGUGUCCAAAUUGUGUUCUUAUUCGGCAAAAGUAAUACUACAGCUAAACAAAUGUUACUGCAAAAAGAAGCAGAUGCAAAAGGUGAUAUAGUUCAAGCCGAUUUUGUAGAAUCGUAUUAUAAUUUAACAUAUAAAGUUCUGAUGGGAUUUAAGUGGGCAAAGUACGAUUGUCCGAAUGCAGUUAAUAUCAUGAAAAUAGACGAAGAUACAUUCUUAGACAUUCCUAGAAUAACAAAUAUUAUGGUGUCGGCUGAUUUAGACAAUACCAUAUAUGGUCAUUUUCAUUAUUCAGACCCUGUAGAACGAAAACCAAUCAAAUCAAAAGUUUCAAUGAAGGCGUACCCUUUAAAAUAUUAUCCACCUCAUGUGAAAGGUAAUUUGUACUUUAUGCGUAAAGAUUUGGCGAUGAAAAUAUUACAUUUAUCGGAAUAUUUUCCCUAUGUAAAUAUAGAAGAUGCUCAUAUUACUGGAACUCUCCCUAAACUAUUAGAGUCCAGACAUAUUAACAUUCCCAAAUCGCAGUAUAAUCCCAAUGGGGGUCCCGAAAUCUGUGAUUUUGCCCUGAAGAGGAAAAUAGCCGCUCAACAAGUUAACCAUACCUUCGCUUUCCAGAUUUGGAAUAGAAUUGAAAAUGUGGAACUAUGCGAAAAAGAAAAAACGAAAGAAGACUUGUCGUCGUCGUGAUAGUGAUAAUUUGUUUUAGCUGUGUGUGACAUUUUAAACUUAAACCAAUUUUAUUUAUUAUUAAUAAUAAAACAGGGAAGGUUGUGUUAUGUCCGAUGGUGUUAUGUCCGAUGCGUGUGAAAGAGGUGCAUUUAUUAUUGUGAAAAUUAAAAAUGAAAAUUUUCCAAAAGGUCAAAGAUGCUGCAUGUGGCAAUGUGGAAAAAUUAAAAUGAAAAAUCAAAGAUGCUGAUCAAGGUGAAAAUAGAGGAUGAAUAUUUGGUGAUUUUUAGAAGUUAUCAGAAUGAAUAAUUUGAUUGACAUGAAAUAGUAUUUAUGUUAAUAAAUGUAAAGAAAGAUAUGUCUUCCUGAGUGGCACAUGCAUUAUAUAAUAAGUCAUAUGUUUUUAUUAUUAUUUUAUCAUAAUUUAUAAUUGAAUAUAAAUGUUAGUGCUGUAAUCUGGUUUUUCUCGUUUUAUGAACUAAUAUUUUUAGAAAUGUGCCCGAAGGGGCAAUUUUUACUCAAAUAGUUACAUUGUGUAUUUUAAUCAUACCUGCUUUUUAUUGGUUAAGAAGUUACAGUCUGUGAUAGGAUGUUUAACUUGAAAUUAAAAAGCAAUAUAACUGGUAUUGAAUCUUUUAAAGAUGCAUUAUGUAAGAUAAAGAGCUGACCAUUUUUGCUAAAUGUAUAAUAGUUCAAAAAUAGAUAAUUCAAAAUUAAUAUACUGAAAGUUUCAUUCAGAUUACAUUUGUACUUUAUUCUGAGUUAAGUUAUCACUGUUUGAAGUUAUGACAAGAAGUGGCAUAUAUUGUUUAUUAUCGUAGCAACGUUACUUGUUAAUUGACAUACAGCCUUGCUGCUCCUUUUUUAAUAAAAUCAUUAAAUGGUGAUCAUUGAUCAUAUGUCAAUCUCCUAGAGAGCUCAUUAAAGGCAGUUCAUGUGAAUAAAUGUCUUAUAAUAUUUGAAUUUUAAAGCCAAAAUAAAGACCUGCAAUUGGCAGAUUUUGAUAUUACAUAAUGCAUCUUUAAGUAAUAUGGUGAGGUCCCUUGCAUGUACUAUACAUGUACAUAUUAUUUACUAAACUUCUCUACACAUGUCAAACAACCUUAUAUAAUUGCAGUAGAAAUAUGCACAUUUCCAUUGCCAAGACCAAAGCUCGAUCAAUUUUGGUAUUAAUGUAUUGGUGAAAUAAAAAACACAAAAUUGCUGUACAUGUAUGUCAAAUGUGUCUUCUUUUUUUUUUAAGUAAUUCACAAUUUUAAAGAAUAGGCUCUGUUGAAAUAUAAAUGUGAGGUUAUGAUUAUUUUUAUAUUGCAAUAAUUAAGUUCCAUUUUAAAGAUGCAUUGUGAUUUUGUAAGAUUUAGAUAAAUAGAUUGCCGUUUUUGCCAUAAUUGUGUAAAAAAAAAAAAAAGAUAUUGAAUAUUUCAUUCAAAUUGUUUUAUUCUCUGAGUGAAGUAAUGAAAGUUUGAAGUUUUGACAAGAUAGUCUUGGUUAUUGAGUACCAUUUUAACAAUUAUAAAAUGGUUCGUGUGUUCUAAUCCGUUUAAUAUCUUGGCCAUCCAAUGCCCUAGAGAGUUGAUUAUGACCAUUGUGUAAUUUGCAUAACAUUUGAACCCAGAAAAAAAGGCAGAUUUAGCACUUACAUAAUGCAUCUUUAAUAUAGUUUGCUUUGUUGAUUUUUAUUUUGCAUAUCAAAUCAUUUAUUUGCAGCAUAUAGAGUACGGCAACCUUCUACACGUCACAUGAUCUCAAUUCUAUGUAUGAUUGGCUGAACAUCUACCGAUUAUUAAUUCAUGGUCAGACAGUCUAAUCCAAGAGUCUGUAUACAUCUAGAGCAAAAUAAAAGUAACUUAUGUACCGUAUAGCACUGUUUGAAUGGCAUUUAGUAAUUGAACACAUUAAAAUAAACACAACAGUUCUAUGGAUAACAAUUUCUAUAUUUCUAUAAAUAUAGCACAUUUACAUUGUAGAUUAGUUUGUACCUUGGUUAUGUUUCCUUUCUAAAUUCAGAAUGUUUAACAUUAUUAUCAUGAUCAUUCUUCCCAAUCAUAUUAAGCAAAAAAAAUUUUUAAUUCAUUUUCUUCUUUUAAUAUUCCACAUUUUAUUAUAUUUUACUGGAUUUAGCAUUUGACAGGUAUUAUGAUGGUGUCAUGUUCUUACUUGUGUACUGUAAACAGCCAAUUAUGACAACACAACUCUUCCAAUCACUCCAAGUCAUUGUUCACUGAUCUAUUUAUAAACACAGCAGCCGUUUUGACUCUACAUGUAUGAUGUAUGUUAGAAAGAUGAAGACUUAAUAAAGAUUUAAUUUUAAA